GGGGGGGGGGAUUGACAACUGUUCAGAAAAGUUCAUCAUGGAAAAGGGUUAUUCCAGAUUUCUGAAAAAAUGCUCGACCUGUACUCCCCUCCAGGUAUUUCAGUCUGGGAAGGGGGGGACGAUCCCCCCCUCCGGACGUCCCUGGGGGAGGGGAGCGACUUUUUAGUAUGGAGGGACGAUCGCCCCCUAAAUCCGGCACUGACUCAAUUAAAUAAAUUCUACCAUCUUAUAGUGACAUCAUAAACAUGAUAUUUCUUCUUUUUAUUUAUUCUAUAACGAAUCAUUAUAAAUUCUUUAUGUAUGUAUUUAUUUGAAACUACUGAGAAUGAAUAUUGUUGGUGCAAUAUUUCCUCUUGGAAAUUUUUUUAAUCAAAAUAAUUCUGAAAAGACUUGUUUUUCGGAAUGUUUACAAGCAAAUUUUCCAUUUGCUCGAACUUGUUUAAUACGUGGUGAUGCUGAUCAAUGUUUUCGUUCAUUACUUUUUCAAGCAUCUCUAUCUUAUGCUGCAAUUGGUAAACGUGUUUAUUUUUAUACACCAAUACCAUUUCAAACGAUUCCAUCACUUGUUCAUUCAUUAAUACCAACAUCAUUAUCAACAGCUAAUUUACAUUUAAUUCAAUUUCAUUAUCUAUUAACAUUAGUCGAAAUACAUAAACAUUUAAUAUCAAAUUCAAAUAAUUAUGAUAUUAUUAUUAUUGAUGGUUAUCUUGAAUAUCCAUUAUUGAAACAAGAAGAUUUAUUUCAAAUUAUUUCAGCUUGUGCAUUAUUAAAAGAUACAUAUGAAUAUUUAAAAAAAUUACAUGAGAAAGAUUUAGUAUUAUUAUGUUCAUGUACAUGUGCUGAAUCAUCAAUGGCAAAUGUUGAAGAACGAGCAUUAUUUGAUCUUGCUAUUGAUAUUGAAAUGUUUGAAGAUGGAGAUUAUAAUGCAAAGAUAAAUUUUUUUUCAAAAAAAAAUAUUUCAUGUGCUUUCAGAUUUCGGAUUGGUCGAAAUGAAAUUUUACCAUUAUAUGCAACAAUUGAACAUCAAAAUAAAUAA